AUGACCGUCACCAGAGCAUCCACCUGCUGCGCCAAGGACGGUGCCGUCUGCGCCUGUGCCCAGAAAGCUACCUGCUCCUGCGGGAAGCAGUCUGCGCUCCACUGUACCUGCGACAAGGCCUCAUCGGAGAACAGGGUCGAGGGGCCUCGAUGCUCUUGCCGAGCCAGACCCGCUGGUGACUGCACGUGCGAUCGCGCAUCGACUGAAAACGCCGCCAUCUCUGGCGCAACGUGUCAGUGUGGCUCAAGACCCGCCGGUGGGUGUACUUGCGAGAAGGCUCGCGACGGGGGCUUCAACCCAGCGCUGGAAAUCGACUUUACCACCCAAAAGUGA